AGGAACCUUCCUCUUUGUUCCGGCCUCAGUGGAGCGAACAUGGCGGCGGAGGGAGACGUCGAUUUGGACCUGGAAGCAGAAGAAAACUGCACUGGAAAACCGGCAGAAAAGCCUCGGAAACAUGACAGCGGAGCCGCUGACUUGGAGAGAGUCACGGACUACGCGGAGGAGAAGGAAAUCUCCAGCUCUGACUUAGAAACG